ACACAGUCCUCUGAAAGCGUAAACUCCAAGGGUGAUUGGAUGUCUUUGAUUGAUUCCUUACCGGCCACAUAAAUCUUCUAGAAACUCCGGUAAACAACCGGAUCCGAUCCUCAACUCUCGCUAGAUCUCAAAAAUGGAUUUCCUAGAGCUAGAAGCGAUCGAGGGUUUACGCUGGUCAUGGAACUCAUGGCCAACCACAAAAUCCGACUCCGAGUCCCUCGUGGUCCCACUAAGCAUCAUGUACACUCCCCUCAUGUCCUUCUCCGACCUCCCCACCAUCCCUUACGACCCCCUCAUCUGUUCCCGUUGCGCCGCGGUGCUGAACCCUUACGCUCGCGUCGAUUACAAGUCCCGAAUCUGGUCGUGUCCCUUCUGCUUCCACAAAAACCCUUUCCCGCGAUCUUACGCGGGGAUCACGGAGACCAAUCUCCCCGCGGAGCUUUUCCCCACGUACAGCGCGGUGGAGUAUUCGAAUGGUGGAGUGGGGGGACAAGGGGUGGGGUCGGGGGCGUUUGUGUUUGUGGUGGAUGUGUGUAUGGGGGAGGAGGAGUUGAGGGCUUUGAGGAGUGAGGUUUUGCUUGUGGUUGAGCAGUUGCCGGAGGGUUCGUUGGUUGGGUUGAUUACUUUUGAUUCUAUGGUUAGGGUUUUUGAUUUGGGGUUUUCCGAGUGUUCUAAGGUUGUUGUUUUUCAUGGCGAACGUGAGCUUCCUCCUGACCAGAUACAACAAUUUCUGGGGCUUGGGUAUUCAAAGCAGUUUCAUCAUGGAAAGAUGUCAGGGAUUCGGAAGCAGAGUUUCUUGCUUCCAUUGGCGGAGUGUGAGUUCAACUUAACAUCUGCUUUUGAAGAAAUCGUUCCAUUGGUUGAUGUGAAACCAGGUCAUCGCCCUCAUAGAUCAACCGGUACUGCGAUCUCGAUAGCAUUAGGACUCCUCGAAGGGUGUUCUGUAACCACAGGCGCUCGGAUUAUGGUUUUCACGUCAGGGCCUGCAACAAGAGGCCCAGGGAUUGUCGUGGACUCGGAUCUAAACCAUUCAAUCAGAACCCACAGAGAUAUUAUAACUGGUCAAGUGCGUCACUAUAAUAGAUCAUGCAAGUUCUACAAAGGAAUAGCAAAGAGGCUUUGUGAUUCCUCUGCUGCUCUCGAUUUGUUCGCUUGCUCUCUUGACCAGGUUGGAGCAGCGGAACUGAGGUAUGCGGUGGAAAUGUCUGGUGGGUUUCUCUUACUUGGAGAGACAUUUGAGUCUGAGCAAUUCAAAAAAUGUCUAAGACAUAUAUUCCGCCGCGACGCAGAUGGGAACUUGAAUAUGUGCUUUGACGUUACUUUAGAAGUUGUGACCACUAAAGAUAUCAAAAUUUGCGGGGCGCUUGGUCCGGUUGUGUCGCUUAGAAGGAAGAAUGAUAUAGUGAGUGACACGGAGAUCGGUGAAGGUGGAACAUAUACAUGGAAAACGAGCACUGCUACUAAUAAGACAUGUGUUUCCUUCUUCUUUCAAGUGAGCAACGAACAGAACCGGAAACCAAAACCAGGUUCAGCGUUCUUUAUUCAGUUCAUUACUCGAUAUCGGUAUGGCAAUGGAGGAGUGAGGAAAAGGGUUACAACGGUUGCUAGAAGAUGGGUGGCUGGAAAAUCACCGGAGAUCUCAUCCGGUUUUGAUCAAGAAACAGCUGCUUCUGUAAUGGCUAGGCUUGCUAUAAACCGAGCGGAAGAGUGUUACGCUAGAGAUGUUAUUAGAUGGUUAGAUGAUGGUUUGAUCCGGUUCGCUUCACGGUUUGGAGAUUACAUCCAAGAAGAUCCAUCUUCUUUUAGGCUGACUCCAAACUUCUCGCUUUACCCGCAGUUCAUGUUCUACCUAAGAAGAUCACAGUUUCUUGACGUCUUCAACAACUCCCCGGACGAAACUGGUUUCUUCCGGUUAAUGCUAAACCGAGAAGGAGUGGUUAACUCAAUCAUCAUGAUUCAACCAACGCUUCUCCGGUAUUCAUUCGACGGACCACCGGUUCCUGUCCUUCUCGAUAUCAGAUCAGUGACACCAGACGCGAUUCUGCUGUUCGAUUCUUACUUCUACGUUGUGAUCCACCACGGUUUGAAAAUAGCGCAGUGGAGGAAACAAGAGUAUCACAAAGACUCCAACCACGAGACUUUCAGGAAUCUUUUGGAAGCACCAGAGAUGGAUGUGGUGCAGCUGGUGAGUGAUCGGAUACCAAUGCCGAGGAUAGUGAGGUGUGACCAGCAUGGUAGCCAAGCUCGGUUUCUUCUUGCUAAACUCAAUCCUUCGGUUACUCAGAAAACAGAUUAUACCGGUGGUUCAGAUGUCGUUCUCACUGAUGACUUGUGUCUUGAAGACUUCCUAGCUGAUUUGCAAUCUCUGGCGGUCCGAAAAUGAAAAGAGGAAUUGUGUAUCAGGAAACUGGUUAUUUGGGUUUUGAUCAGAUCUAUUAUAUAGAAAGGAUUUUGAUCUUGUGAAACAAUUUUAACAUGGCUUACUGAUUCAGUAUUCUCAAAACAUUAAAAGGUUUUUACUUCC